UACGAAAGCCGAGGAGGGACUUCAGACUUCAGACUUCAGACUUCAAACUUCAGACUUCGGACUUCAGACUUCAAACUUCAUAGUUCAGACUUCAGACUUUCAGAGUUCGUACUUAGGACUCAAGAUUUUAGAUCUCAGUUAACAGCUUGUUAUGAUCCAGGUUAAACCUACAUAGCUGCGCUGCUUCGAAGAAGUGAAUACGGAGGAAGAGGCGAGCGGAUUUAAGUAAUAUUGUCUCCUGACGCUCGAUUGGCAAGCUUUUUUUAUACCCCCGGUCAAUCAAUGUUUAUAAAGCGCACGUGAGAAAAUUGAUGAAUAUGUAUAGGGAAAUGGAUGUUGAUUGCUCCAGAGCACUUUCAGGUUUUAGUUUAAAUUAAGCUUACAAGAAAUCCUCAUGAGGGCGCGAACCGCUUGAGAAGUAACGAUUUUUUGAGGCAUAAUUGCGAAAACUACAAUGUGAAAUAAUUCCGUAAGAAGUCUUAAAAAAUCCAAACCAGCUGCAAACCGUGCAGUAUUUGUGGUCAUGACUUUAAAAAAGUAACCUCAAGAAGGUGUGCAGAAACAUUUCAAUGUAUCGCGCACCUAUGAGACUAGUAAAAAUGGAGAAUGGAGUUCCCUCGCCGUUUAUUUCAGUUAAAGCAAUCGUUAUAAACUAUGUGAUAUUUACCCUCCAUGACCCGUCACGAAACUGAUAUGUGGUGAAUCCCGGGUGAAUUAAUAUGCAGCUUACGCUUAGACUCCUUGGUUGUGAAAUGAAACGCCUAAACGCGUAUGGGUACAAAUAAAUCCGACCCCCUUCUUUAGUAGUGUUGAGUGAUUGUACUAUCUAAAUGUUGCUCGAUGCGGUCUGGAAACGUGCGUGUCUGUUAUCUUGCAGCUUGAUCAUUUUCUUGAGCAUAAUUUCAAGGGCUUGAAGCCAUUAUUUGAAAAACAUGAGGUUAGUAUGGGAUCAUAAGACAUAAUGGUGUCAUGAACGAACAGAUUACCUCGCAGCUUUCCCAGCCCGGUCCAUUUCAACCCAACUGGACUUUAGGAUUUUGCACUCUCACGCCUAGCUGUUUUUUUUUUUUUUUUUUUUUUACUUUUCGGUUUUUCAUUAGAUUUUCUGGGGGUUGAGGGUAGUGUUUGAAGGUCUUGUUUUUUGUAUGGAUUUUUUUUAUCUUCUGGUGUAAAUAACGAACAGAUUACAUUAUAUAAUAAAAAGAACGGGUUAUUUCAAACAAAAUAGAAUUUAGGGUUUGGCACACCCACGCCUAGCUGUUUUUUUUUUUUUUUUUUUAACUGAUCGGACGAAACGUAACGUAAAAGUACGGGAGGAGAGAAUAAAGGCACUCUUAGUCUACGUGCCUGAAUCUCUCUAUACCCUUAACAUAAAUGACUGCUCAGUAGAAUCAUUAGACCAUCGUUCUGCAAACCCUUGCUAGUCAGAUGAUAACUUCGUCAUUCACGUGGUUUACUCCUUUCUAUUUACUCCUUUAGUUUCGUGCCAAUUAAACUAAGGUGUGGUACUUGCGUGUUCCCUUCACAGGUUUAUAGUAUCCAGUCUUCCCAAGAAUUCUGAGUGCCGUCGCCAAAAUUGUUGUACAUUUUACACUCAUCUCCUCUCUUAGUAGCUAAGUAAAGGGUACCAGGUUGUUUUGUUUCAAUUUUGUGUACAUAAAUGUCCUAAAACAAAAUACUAAUCUCCACGGCACGUUACGGAUGCGUUGGUUCUAAACAUUAAGGACCAAAACGGCACUGUUUGAAUUUUACAAUACAUUAACUUUUUAUAACCAAAAAAUAAUAAAGGGUCUCCUGUUUCUAGUUAAGUAACAUACAUUCGAUUCCGGUCAUCAAGUUUUAUCUAGAAGAUAAAAUUCGAGAUUGACACUAUUCUGCAGUUAACCAUAUUAUUAUCCAUUAUGGGAAUACGACUAACUCAUGCGAAUGCGCGGUUUGGUAAUUUAUUAUUAAUAUUAUUAUUUUUAAAUUUCGUUUCUCUCGUGGAGUUAAAAAAAUUAGAUAGAUUCCAAGUGCAAAUGGCAAGAAUACCCGAAGAAACGACGAAGAGCAAGAAACCACUAGCCUUAUGCAGCGUGGGCUUUCUCAGCUAGACAAAAAAUUCUAAUAUGUGUUUCCUUCAAGUUGUUAAUGGUUUUUUAAAAGAACAAUUAUUUCGGAAUACAAUUUAAGAGCCUCGUACUCAUUUAAUGGGGGUUGAUAGUCUGUUUUGAUUAGUCUCACUAACUCUUCCAUAUCCACAUUGUAAUCAACGCAAUUCUCGGCAUAAAUUUGUUUGCACGCACUUAUAUCAUCUUUGUCUACAUUUACCAAAUAGUCCUGUUUUCCGUAAACUUCAGGAGUAAAAAACAUAACGUCUGGUUUACCGCCUUUUACGUCGCACCGCCUCUGUCGCUGAAUAUGGUGAGUGUUCCAAAGUUCUGCCACAAGACGCAGUUCUCGUCAAAUUAUAGGUAUAAAACAAAACUUCAGGCAUUCCUUGGUAAGAUAAUCAUCUCUGUAAAAGCCAGUAUCACGCGGGUCUUUGAAAAGAUUCAUCCACCAUCCGCCUCCUCCUUCACGAAAUUUGGACCACCAGGCUUCGAUACGCUGAUUCCCACAACUUUUGCCCUCCAGAAAACUUUCCGUUCCACCAAAAUCGUCCACGUCGUGCCAUCGAAAAAACUGUUGAAGGCUUACAUUGAUUGUAUUUUCCCUUCCCCGGUCGCAACGCAUCCGUCUAGGAACCCCUUCGAGUUCCUGUACUGUAGUGAGGUAGUGGGAGGCAAUAACGUUAGGAUUUUUAUUCGCUGAAUUGACUUCCAACCAGAGAAUUCGUCGAGAAAAGCCGUCUACAGCUCCAUGAAUAAAAAUACCAAAUGGCGCAAGUUUAUCCCAGCCGUCGACAUGCCAUAAAAAAUUCGGACCGGGGGUACUGUACCUUCUUCUCUUUAGGGCACGUUUUUGGCGACGUUCAACUCCUACGGGGUCUAUGAUGCGGAGUGCUCUCAUCACAGUAUCUCUUCUCACUUUCAAAUCAUACUUACGUCUCAGUCGCCUUGUCAACUGACGAUAUCCCAUGAAGGAGCCACAUGAAUUCUCCAAUUCUUCCAGAAGAGCACCGACUAUGUGUUCUGUGAGGGAUUCAGUGCUAUGCCUAGCUCGUUUUAGCCCUAAACGCUUGAGAAUUCGUUUUAAUGUUCGCACGGAGCAAACAAUACCAUGUCGUAGAACAAGUAAACCAACUAUCUCAGCGUUAGUUAAACCUUGAUUGAAGUAGCUCGUAAUUAGGUCCUCUCUUUCGAGACCUUCAUGUUUCUGUAAGGCUGGUGUUUGCAUAGCGCAGUUCGAGAGGCAAACCAUGUUUAAAAUGGCUAGUAAAGUUAACCUGUAGAAAAAAUUUAAACGUCUGUUAAGCUUUUUCAUUUAACUAUAAUUGGAUUCACUUAGGCAUCACUUUAAACAGCAAUCAGGAAAACGUACCAAAACAUUACUGCGUGAAGAACUUACACAGCAGCAAGCCAUGCAGCAUUGAGAUUGAAUGAUCUGAAAUCAGAAAUCCGGGGUUCGAACUUUGUCAAGUCUGAAGUCUGAAGUCUGAAGUCUGAAGUUUGUUCAGACUUCAGACUUCAGACUUCAGACUUCAGACUUCAGACUUCAGACUUCAGACUUCAGACUUCAGACUUCAGACUUCAGACUUCAGACUUCAGACAAGUCUGAAGUCUGAAGUCUGA